AUUAUUGUCGAUCGCGCAUAGAAAGCAUUACCGGUGUGUUUUUUUUUGUGUGUGGAUGCUCUACACGUUGGGUUUUCCGAGCGUGAUUUAUUAUUGCUGUGAGUGCCCAUCGAUCGCGAGUCCUUGAGAACUGGUGCAGUUUGCGGUUUAGCUGCUUAUUGUGGAUAAUUGCGGUGAAUGUUCGAAAAGUGGAUGCUGCUGCUGAUCGAUAUUGGAUGAAUUUCAAAAUGCUGUGCAUAAAGGUAGCAGCUGUCGUACUAUUAUCGGCAUCUGUUCUGGCCGCCAAGGAUUCUCAAACGAAACCAGCAACAACCUCAAAAUCAUCCUCGCAAAAAGCGUCAUCUAAAGGUCCGCACGGGAAACGAGAAGCACCCACGCGCUAUGGAUCACCAAUGGAAUUCGUUGCUCCAACAAUUUCCGGUUUCACAUACGGCGCCCCGCAGCCUCUGUUUAACGUACCGCACUACUCGAGCUACAAAUAUUACUCAACACCGUACAAGUUCGCGCAGCCAGCCCUUUUCGCACCAGCAAACCCCCAUGGAUUCAAUUCUUACGCAGAUACUCCAGUAAAGUAUAGCAUUAGUUCGAAGGAACUGUCCGAACUGCUCAAUGCUUUACAUUCACCGAACCCCGCUCUAACUAUCAAAGCAGUUCCUACAGCUGCCAGUUGGGACCACCCGUAUAGUUACGAUUCAUCGCCUCAUUUCAAUCCAUCAUACACGGUGUCAUUUCCACCGACAUCCCCGCUGAACACAUAUUUACCACCCAGUUAUGGUCCAGCUCCAAGCGUUUAUCAAGAAUCAGCUUUAGCCCCACCAAACAAAGGAACGCGACCCUACGGAUCGACAGGACACUCCCACAUACCGGAUAUCUACUCCGGCAAUAAAUAUAUUUCAGCUAUCAAACCUCUAGCCAUACAAACUCCCGUCCAGGCAGUAUCCCAAUUGCAUACCUCCGUUUUCAACACAAAACCAUUCAAACCCUCUACCUAUCUUGGCUCGAGUAACGAAGUAUCCGACUACGCACACAGCCAACCAGCCACUUCAUCCUCCUACCACAAUACGUUCCUCGCUCCAGCGCUUCAAUAUCUACCACCCCAAAAAGUUCAUAACAAGGUAACCUUCGAGAAACCAUCGAACCCCUAUCUACCCCCUGUUGCUCCACCGAAACCAACCGGCGAUUAUCUUCCACCGCUUCCGCCAAAACCUUCGAACACGUACCUUCCGGCCGCCCCGACCAAUCCCAACUACAUCCCAUUAUCAUCGCACGAGAGUGGCAAACAUGGGCCAAAUUUUAACCACCAUAGUCACGAAGAUUCCAGCGACUCCUACGAGUAUAACGGAUCGGCUCCCACUUCCAUCGGUUCAGCGGCGAAGCCGCAUCAUCACCCGUGGCAACCAUAAGCUCGAGAUAGAUACUCUAACGAUAAGAUUGGGGCUUUAUCCGCGAUAAAGUUCCGCUGACAGGAAUCUUGUUUGUUGAAUUUAUUUUGCCACUUUUUCGUAGCAGUGAUGGAAGAUAACCCCAGCGUAUACAGCGUAUACAAUGCUUCCUUAGGCCAUGAAGACAAACUGUGGAAUUAUGCCAUUACCCACUCUCAUUGUAGAUAUGCUUAACUUUAACGAAAUUGAAUGGCGGGAAGUGACGUUAGCAUUAAGAUAGGGAGUGAAUUUUCAUACAGGAUUACCAGUGGGUAAUUCUAGCGACAGGUUUGCUUCCCGAAAGACGGACUGUAAAUUAUAAUAAUCUAUGCGAUAGCGAUUUAAUUAGUUGCUAAGGGAAACGAGAAAUAAA